CGGGAGCAGGGGACAGCGAGCCUGGCAGCCUGCAGGUGUCUCCCGGCGGAGGAGGCUGCGGAGCCCCUCGGGAGGAUGAUGUGCGGUACCCGAGCAGAUGUUCACUCGCCUCUGGGGCUCCUCGGGAGGCAGAGCCGCUCCGCUCCCCUCAGCGCGCUGAAGCUCCGCGGCUGCGAGAGACCGGCCCCGCUGCCGCGCCGGCAGCUGCUGCUCUAACCAACAAAGGCAGGGUUUCAAGUGAAGGGGAAGAAUGGGAGUGUGGCUGCAGAGCUUCCUUCACCGCUUCAGCAGCAGACUGGAAGAAGCUGAGAGUUUUGGUGCCUGGACAACUGGAUUCUGAAUCGUGAGAGGCUUUGAAACCCACCCCCCCCUCCCAAAUAAAACAAACCCCUUUGACUUCUUCUCUCAGCAGGAGGGGGAGGGAGGGCGGAUUUACCAUGAAGACAAAUCGAAGAUGCAGAGCCCUGCUAGCAGUGAGUCUGAAUCUGAUGGCUCUCCUCUUCUCUACAACAGCUUUUAUCACGACCCACUGGUGUGAGGGCACACAGAGGGUCCCCAAGCCGAGCUGUGGGAAAGAGAAGAAGACAAACUGCCUCAACUACGGCGGGAAUGAGACUGCAAAUGAGACGAACCAGAAUGUGGUUCAUUACAGCUGGGAGACGGGAGAUGACCGCUUCCUUUUCAGGUAUUUCCACACUGGGAUCUGGUACUCCUGUGAGGAAAAUAUCAAUGCUGCUGGUGAAAAAUGUCGAAGUUUUAUUGACCUUGCCCCGGCUUCUGAAAAAGGUGUGCUGUGGCUCUCCGUGGUGUCCGAGGUGUUGUACAUCAUGCUGUUGGUCGUCGGGUUCAGCCUCAUGUGCCUCGAGCUCUUUCAUUCAAGCAGUGUCAUAGAUGGGCUCAAGUUAAAUGCCUUUGCUGCUGUCUUCACUGUGCUUUCAGGUCUCUUGGGGAUGGUGGCACACAUGAUGUACACCCAAGUUUUCCAAGUGACAGUCAGCCUUGGGCCAGAGGACUGGCGACCACACUCCUGGGACUAUGGAUGGUCCUUCUGUCUGGCGUGGGGCUCCUUCACCUGCUGCAUGGCGGCCUCCGUCACCACCCUCAACUCUUACACUAAGACUGUCAUUGAGUUCAGGCACAAGCGCAAAAUCUUUGAGCAGGGCUUUCGAGAAGAGCAGAACUUCCUAGACCAGGAAGCCAUCAAGUACUUCAGAGAAAGGACUGAGGAGGAGAGGGCUGAGGCUGGGGACCUGAGGUUACAGUGCCUCCAUAGCUGCUCCCCAAAUAGGCUUCACAACACCCAGCUCUAAGUGUCACUAGCCCGCAGAGGAACAGGAGUGACCAUAAUGCUCAGAAAAUACCCCCAUUCGCUACGUCAAGCUCUUCCAGCGACUCAUCAAGCAGCUCUUCACUUUCAUCAGAACCAACCAACCAGAUCUCCAUGGUUCAGGAUCAAACCCUGCUGGACAUCACCUCCAUCACUAGAUUGGCCCCAGGGGAAUCACCAAACCCUCAACCACUCGAGCAAAGAGAUACAAAUUUAGCAAUAUCGUGUUCCAGCCCACUCGGAGCAAGGACUAUUCCAGCAUCUUGCCCAGCCAGCCUCAGGCUCAGUCUAACACCCAGCUCAGCCAAGCCACAGCAAUACUCUGACUGCUCUCCAGUCAGCCCAGGGAUCAAUGCAGCUUCCUUCUCCACCUUCUGUCCUCACUCAGCACAAAACGUACGAGCUUCAGCUUCAGAUCACACACUGACCCCAACCAGGACAAGCACAAGGCCUCCAGCAACAGCGACUCCUGAAGAGAGUUCCCAGGCUCCUGGCUAUUCUAAAACUGAAUUACAGAAUACAGGAAAGGGGUUUGAAUCAGACCUGGAAGAUCCUGAUCAUGAGAGGUAUGUAUCCAGACCACACAGGCGUCUAAGUCCUCAAACGGCCCAUGUUGAUAUAGAAUCAGUAAGAGCCCCCCCAUAAAAAAAAGUUAAAUAUCUUUUAUGAUCCAGAUGUUCCCAGUGUUUGUUUUCCAGUACCCACCCUGUGCUUCCACUAAACCCUGGUACCCAGGAAGCAAAAUGCCCUAUUUCCAUACACCCAUUUAGCUCUCCAGACCUCAUGACAGACCUGGGCCAGGUCGUCAGCCUCAGCUCCACCAGCAGGGCACAGUUUUCAGGUGCCUCCUUUCCUUCCAAACUCUCCCUUGUACCAGCAGAGAGAAGCUCUGCUGUGCCCUGGAGCCUGACAGAGCAGAGCAGGGGAUGGUGCUCAGCGACAUGGCCAGGAUGUCCCCCCCAAACCUCCACUGUCUGCUCCGACCCCAGGCAAGCUGGGCUCAUCCCACUCCUCCGAGCCUCUGAACUCCACCUGUCUCUGCCACUUCUUUCCUUGGCAGGAGAUUUGUAACCACACAGGAAUUCCAAGCCAUGGAGAAAGAGCUAGAGGAUGUAAAGGAAGACCUGAAAUGCCUGAAGUGGAAGGUGAGACACAUAGGUGAGACGGUGCAGCCCCUGGCCGAGGACAGCAAGAGGUACAACGGCUACACCCUGACGGAGCUCAAGGCCAUGGUGCAGUUUGAGGAUGACCCUUACAAGGCUGCCCACAAGAUCCUCACCGCCCUCUUCAGCGAUGUCUACUGGCCACAGCACCCAGCCACCGAGCAGGCCUGCAACUCCCGCUCCCUGCCCAAGCCCAAAAUAGACCCAGAGCUGUACAUGGUCUACUGUGACAUUCUGAAAAGCAUAUUCCCUGGAAUUAGCAGCCAGACAUUGAGGGAAGAGACACAGCACAUGCAGACAGGCACCCAGAAAGCAGUGCAGUAAGAGCAGAGCCCACAGGUGCUGUGCAAAGUGCCGGCUCUGCGGUGACUUUAGAGGACUGGGCUGUGGCAGGUCCUGUCGGUCCCCUUUAGGUAUGGAUUGUCUGUGAAGGUGUUGGUGAGCUCUGAGCCCUCAUGCCACUUGCCCAGUGACACAGAGUGGGACGGCAUCCUGCACUCUUCCCACAUUUUAGAAAACAAUUGCUCCUUUGGUGUCUCUUUCAAUCUAUGGACAUUUCCUUGUUUCCAGCAACUACAAAUGCUGACAAAAGAAUCCCAUGAAGGCGUUGUACGUCCAAGCAAGGGCCUUCCCCCAGCCCCAAACAGACCAACCAACCAGCAUCUGGGUAGUUUCUAUUUUCUAGAGUGUAUCAUUCAUUAAAUGACAUUACUUGUU